AUGGCUACUCCUCCUCCAUCCAAGCGCCAAAAGCGCGAGGAAUACCGUCGCAAGAUCCAGUCCGAACAUGGCACCUCCGUCAAGAUGCCGCAGAAGAAAUUCUUCCGGCAGCGCGCGCAUGCGAAUCCCUUCUCGGACCACCAGCUGGACUAUCCCCUAAGCCCUGCACAUAUGGACUGGUCGUUGCACUAUCCGGCGUUCGUCAAUCCCAACCCCUCCGCAACGAAUCUUGCCGGCGCCCGCAAGCUAGUCAAGGAUGUCGAGGUUGUGGAUAUCGGGUGCGGGUUCGGGGGGUUGAUGGUGGGACUAGCGCCGCUGUUGCCGGAGACGUUGAUGGUUGGUGAGUAUAUUGUUUCCAGACAUCUACACAUUUCCGAAUACAAAAAUGCUAAGGGCAGAACCACAGGCAUGGAGAUCCGCACUCAAGUGCUUGAGUAUCUCCACUCGCGCAUCCAAGCUCUACGCACGCAGCAACAGAACUUGAAACAAAAAGCCAGCAACCCACAAGACACAGCAGAAGCAUCGACACAAUCCAAGGAUACCAAUGAACCCGCAGCAGCAGCAGCAUCAGCAUUGGAGGACAACAAGAACACUGAAAACAACGACGACGAGCCAGCCCUCACAACCAUCAUGCCAGGCAACUACGAGAACAUCACCGCCAUCCGCAGCAACACAAUGAAAUUCUUGCCAAACUUCUUCGGACGACACCAGCUCUCCAAGAUCUUCAUUUGCUUCCCAGACCCGCACUUCAAGGCGCGCAAGCACAAGGCGCGCAUUAUCUCCGAGUCGCUGAAUGCCGAGUACGCCUACGUGCUGCGUCCGAGCGGUCUGCUGUACACCAUCACCGAUGUCGAGGAGUACCACCACUGGAUUCUGCGCCAUUUCCACUUUCAGUCCGAUGACGAGGCUGAGGCACAGUCAACGGGCCAGACUGUGUCAUCACAUGCCCCUGGGAUCAAGGAUCUCUGGGAGCGAGUGUCGGAUGCUGAGCUGGAGGCGGAUCCGUGCGUGCGCGUGAUGAAGUUCGAGACCGAGGAGUCUAAGAAGGUCUCGCGCAACAAUGGGAACAAGUAUGUGGCGGUUUUCCGGCGCAAGGCGGAUCCGGAAUGGCCUGCUUGA